AUGAAAUUAGAUGAAAUUAUUGCUAAUCCACAUUUAUAUCCUCCUAAGGAAAGAAAAGUACCAAAAUCAACAAAUUUUAGUGACAAGCAAGAAAUGAAUAAGUUAGACUAAUUGUUCAAAGGAAAUUAGAUUGAGAAUAAAGGAAUUGUAAUAGAACCAAAAAAAGAAAUUUAAUAAUAAAAUUAAAUCGACUAGAAAAUGUCUCUUAAGGAUAACUAUUCAUUAUUAUAUGAUUUCAAAGUAGGAGAUAAAAUAUUAAAUAAAUACACUAAUAUAUCAUAAAUCUAUGAAAUAAAAGAAAUUCCAUAUGUUUUAGACAAUAUUGAAAAAAGAGAAAGACAAUAAUUUUAGAUACAAUCAUAAUUAGAUUAGACAGAUAUUUUGAAAUCAUUUGAAAAAAAAAUACAUACUUUAGAGAUUUUUAAAGAAGUAUAGAUUUCUAAGAAAUAAAUGGAAUUUUUUGAAUAAAAUAAAGGAUUACUCAUAACUAGUAUUACUUGUUUUGAAAAUAUAUUAGCCAUUGGAACUGCCAGAGGUAAUAUAUAUAUCUAAUUCAAUAAUCAAAUAAUUUUGUUAGAACAAAGUAAAAAAAUUAAUCCUAAUCCAAUAAUCUGUUUAAGAUUUAUAGAUAAAGGUACAAAAUUAAUAGGAAUAUCAGAAAAACAAGUUUUAUUAUAUAUUAAAAAUUAAUUUGUAAAGGCAUUUGAAUUGAUAAUUGAAGGUAUUCCUGUUACAAUGACUGUUUGUUAAAAGUCUAAAAACUUUAAGAUAUAAUUAUUAAUGACUGAUUCAUAAGGGAAUGUGUAUGGGAUUAGGAUUAAAUAAACACUAUUAACUUAUUCAAUGUAAAUAAAAUAAGAAUUAAAAGAAAAUACUACAUGUCAUUAAAUUGAAUCUAUAAUAUUUUAGGAUUAAGAAUUCAUCUUAUUGACAUUUAAAGAUUAAAUACAAAUAAUCAAUUUAAAACCAGAAUAUCAAUUAUUAAUUAAGUUAAAUUAUAAAGUUUAAGAGAAUAGAUUCAUUUAAGCAAAAUGGUAAACUGAAAAGAACACAUUUUAAAUAGCAGUCAGUAAUGAAAAUAAAUUAGAAGUUUUAUCAAUUUAAUUUGAGAAAUAAAAAGAUAGAUUGAAAUGUAAUUUAAAUUUGUUAUGUGAUUACAGUUUUAAUAAUGAAGAUAUAAAGUAUUUAAUUUGGAUUAGUAAUGAUAUUAUUUUUAUUUAACAUGAAAGAAAGAUGUAUUCUUUAAUAUCAAUUUCUGAAAUUAUUGAAUAAAAUGUAGAAAUCAUAUAGAAAUAAUUAAAUCAAGAUAUUUAAAGUUAAAUGAUGGGAGAAGUAUUAUAUUUUGAAAAUUCAAUUUGUAAUUGGUAAAAUUUUGUGUUUUUUAUAUCAAAAGAAGAUUAAUAAUAGAAAUAACGAAUUAUCUAUUAUAAAUUAAAUACUUGGGAAGAUUAGAUGUAAUAAUUUUAAUUAAAUGAUGAAUGGAAAGAAUAAUUUGGAAUGGGAUUGUAUUUGUAUUAAGGAAAACUUAUAAAAUUAGGUAAUCUUCCUAGAAUUGGAAGAUAGGAGUAUUUAAAACCUCAUUUGCAUAAUUAAAUCUAAAGAUUUGUUGAUAAUAGUUUAAAAUCACAAUAUUCUAAUUCAAUCUAUAUUGCAAUGAAUUUUUUAAUUAUGAUUGAAUCAUUUGAAUUUCUAUUUAAUCAAAUAUAUUAAAUCUAUAAAAAUAAUAGAUUAGAAAAAUAGUUUUAUUAAAGUUUGGAAUCAUUUAUAAACAAAGGAGUCAUUAAAUAGAUUCCAACAGAUACAUUAAAAGAAAUAUUGGAUUAUUUGUUAAAAGAAGAUAAAUUGAAAUUAAUGAAGUUAUUAAUAUUCAAUUUAGAUAAAAAAUCUAUAAAUUCUAAUCUUAUUAAAGAAUUUUGUAUUAAAUCUAACUUACAGAGUAUAUUGAUAUAUAUACCACCUAAAGAAAUAGAAGAUUAUAAAACACCUUUAUUUACUAUUUUUAAGAUUUAUUAAUAAAGUUUAAAUAAAAAUUAUUAAGAAUUAUAAUAUUAUUUAAAAUCACUAAAAAUUGAUAUUUAAAGUCUUAGUUAAAAAUAAAUUGAUGAAGAAAUAUAAUGUUUAGGUUAUAAAUGUAUAUGGUUUAUGAGUUAAUUAUUUAAAGGAUAAGAAUUCUCUUAAGAGAAGAUUCCUGAUAAUUAUUGGCCUUAAAUAAUAUGCGAUAUUUUAUUAUGGAUUUUAAAUAGUGAAAUAUUGGAAAGGUUUUUAUUAAUUGAUGCUGGUAUAUUUUUAAAUGAACUCUUAUUAAUUUUGAAAGAUAAAAAGAUUUAUAAUAAACUAUAAAUAUUUGAGAAUAUAUUAAAUGAUAAUUUACAAGAAGAAACUACUAUUUGUGAGAUUAUCAUCAAAAAAAUAGAUGUGAAAAUUAAGAAAUUAAAUAUGGUAAAUUAAUUGAAUUCUUUUAUUUUGGAAAUAAUGAAAUUAGGUUAUUAAAUAUCUUAUGAUGAUUUUUUAUAAGUUAUGAUUCACAAUUUAAGAUAUCCUUAUGAGAAUUUAAGAUUUUUUAUAGAGAAAAGUAACUAUAAAUUCGAAAAGAUGGAAUAUAAAAUAUAAAAAGAUAUGAAAGAUUAAGAUAAAAUAAAAAGAGAUAAUUUAUUAAUUUAAUAUAUAACAUUUUUUACUAAUAAAUUAUUAGGUGAUGAUUAAUCUUUAUAGACUAUAUUAUCGGAAGCUUCUUGUUCAAUACUUUCAUGUUCAAGAAUUCAAUCUGAAAUAUAUUGUUUAAAAGGAGAUUGGAUAAAAUGUAUUAGUACUAUGUUAGCAUCAACAUCAUAAAUUGAUAAAGUAUUUUAAUAUAAUUAAUAUAAUUAUAGGAAUUUAUAUUUAAUUAUAUUGAUAGGAUACUCAAUUCAAAUCAAUUUAUAAAUUAGAAAGACAAUAUUAUAAAAUAUUGUUUAACUAUUGUUUCAUAAUUGGUAAAAAUAAAUUUUAAUUUUUUAUAGGCAGAUAUAAGUGUUGAAAAAUUAAAGAUACUUUUAUAAUAUUUUCCAAAUGAUUUAUAUUAAUAAGCAAUAGAUUAAUUAGAUAAUCAUCCAAAUUUUAAAUUGUAUUUGUUGAAUUAAAUAAUAAAAGAGUAGAGGAAUAAAAAUCAAAUUAUUGAUAAUAAAAUUAUGAUCUCUUAUUUAAGGUUAUUAUGUAAACAUCAUCCAGAAGAAGUAUUAGAAGAAUUACAAUAUGGAGAUUUUCCAUAAGAAGAUUGUAUUAUUAUUUGUAAGGAAUAUAAUAUAAUGAAAGGAGUUGCAUUUCUUAAAGAAAGAAGUGGAAAUUUUUAAGAGGCUUUAGAUAUUUAUUUUGAUGUAUAAUAUUAAAUAAUUAUUUAGGUAAUAAGUACAGAUUUUAAUAAGAUAGAGAUUGAAUAAUCUUAAAUUGAAUUAACAUAAGAAUUAUUAAUUUUAAUAUUACCUUGUUUAAAAAUAUGCAGAGAAAAUUUUUCUAAUUAAGAUAAUAAUUUUAAAUUUUGGAUCACUUGUGUUAAUAGAAUGUUAAAUUUACGUUCACAAUUCAGUUUAUAGAUAAAUAAGUUUAAAUCUAUUAAUAAAGUAUUUUAAGAGAUUUUAAUUGAAAUGCUUGAGAGAGUCCAUCCAAAAUUGAUUAUUAAUAAUUUAAAUUAACUAUUCAAACCUUUUACAAAUAUUGAAGAACUCAGAAGUACAACUUUAUCAUUACAGAAGUUAUGCUUUUUUUAAUUAAUUACACAUGAAUAAUAUAUAGGGAAUCAAAUAUAUAAGAAUUUUGAAAAAUUAUAAAUGUUAUAUUAUUAAGAAUUAAAAGGUACUCAUAUAAUUUAAAGAUGUCUUAAUUGUUAAUUAGAAAAUGAAUAAUUUAUGUUUGCAUUUUUGUCAUGUUGUCACAUAUAUCAUAAAUAAUGUUUGAAUAUGAUUAAAAAUAUAAAGGUGUGUAAGAUUUGUUUAGAAAGGGGAAUUCAUUCUGAUUAAUGUACUUUAUUUAUAGAUUAAUUUAAUUAGUAAAAGUAUAAUUAGAAAUAUUAGUAGACAACAAUUAUGAAUAAUCUUAUGAUUAACAAAUUAAGUAACCUACACAAGAAGAAUAAUUAUAAUUAUCAAAGUAAGAAAAAAGAACAUUAUAAAUUAAUAAAUGGAAAAUACUUGAUAUUGAAAACGAAUAUAAAGAAUUUAUGUACUGA